UGAUGCCCAGAUCCUUGACUCUCCCUGUGAUGCUGCCCCAGCUGCUGCUGCCCCUGCUGUGGGCAGCUCAUGUGGUGCAGAAGGAGACCCGGGGGCGAUUCCACCUGCUGGGGGACCCCGGGACCUACAGCUGCUCCCUGGACAUCAGAGACGCGCGGAGAGAGGACACGGGGACCUACUACUUCAGGGUGGAGACACAGAGUUAUGUGUUAUAUGAGUUUAUGAACCACCAGCUCUCUGUACUGGUGACAGCGCUGACCCACAGGCCGGACAUCUACCUCCAGGGGCCCCUCCAGUCUGGCCGGCCCAGGAAAAUCACCUGUGUGGUGCCCUGGGCCUGCAAGAGGGGAACACGACCCACCUUCUCCUGGAUGGGGGUUGGCUUAACUGCCACGGGCACCAACUCCCCGGUGCUCACCCUCAGCCCGGGGCCCCAGCACCACGGCUCCAACCUCACCUGCCGGGUGACCUUCCCCGCAGUGAACGUGAGCACAGAGACCACCGUCCGGCGCAGCGUGGCCUAUGCGCCCCAGAACCUGACCAUCCAGGUGAUCAGGGAAGAAGGCUCAGAACCUGAAGCCCUGGGCAACGGCUCCUCUUUCCCGGUGCAGGAGGGCCAGUCCCUGCGCCUGGCCUGUGUGGUCCACAGCAGCCCUCCUGCCAUGCUGAGCUGGUUCCAGGGGACCCUGAGCGUCAAGUCCUCUCCAAGUCUCAACCUCGGUCCACAAGGAGCCAGGACGUGGGUGGUUCUGGGGGCCAUUGGGGGAGCAGGAGUCUCCGCCCUGCUCGUGCUCUGCCUGGUCUUCUUCAUAGUGAGGAGCUGCAAGAAGAAAGGGAUGGAGGCAGCAGCGAGCAGGCUGGGCCCCCAGGCCGCAGGGAGAACCCCCGGGGGUCACAAGGGCAGACCCUGGGCUGACAGCCCCCUGCAUACCCGGGGCCCGGCGGCGACCCCCUCAGAGGAGGAGCAGGAGCUGCAUUACGCCAACCUCGGGCUCCCCAAGGCGAAUCCCAGGGCCUUUCUGGUCCAGGAGGCCUCCGAGUACGCCCAGAUCAAAGGAGCCGCCCUCUCCUGACCCUCUCCCGAUGCUGGAGCCCCAAAAAGGCCUCUCUGAGGACAGCGGGUCCUGCGUUCCCUGCAGAGCUGCCGCCUCAGCGAGGUCAGAAAGGCGAGCUCGGGGCUCCUGGGACCGAUGGAGCCGGAGCUCCCGGGUCACGCCCAGCCCAGCCGCUUAGACACGCGUCCCCGUCACUCUCCGGCCUCAGCUCCCUCCGCUGUAAAGUGGGCGCAUGUGCACAAGGCGGGCAAUGCACCCCAUGUUGCCGACUGGUCAGCUCCCCCCUCCCCCGCGGCCCUUCUGCUUGGCUAUUUUAGAAGCGCGUUAUUUCACAAUGUGAAACUAUUUCCAUGUUUUUUGUGUGUGUUUACAAGAACUGGGUGUAGGCCACAGAUGCGGGCAUCAGAGGACUCACCAGAGACAGAGUGGGGAGCAGAACAGGCGGAUCCACUGAAAUACACUGCUGAGGGGAGCAGCGGGGAGACAGGAGAGGGCUGCUGUGUGAUGUGGGUCAGCUCCGUGGCCAGGGUUCCAUCUGAGGCCCAGGCCCACACAGUGGGCCUUCCCAGUGGUAGCACUGAGCCUUUAACCCCUACUAUACCAGGGAGGCCCCCGUGAAUCUGUUUCUCAUAGUAACUAUCUGGGGGAAUCAUGUUUCCUAAUGCAACUAAACAUGCACAGAAACUCCCAGGCUGGGCUCUGAGACCACCGCAUUGUCUAAAAGGUCAGAAGUAGGAGUGAGACAUGCAGUGUCCCUAACUGAAGUGAGUCCCUCAGACAGGCCAGAGCCCCGUGAGCUGGGAUAGGAGGGCCUAGUCUACCUCCAGAGUGAGGAGAAAUAGGGUGAAAAGCACAGACGGUGACCAGGGAGCAGGCCAGGCCCCCAGGCCGCAGGGAGACCCCCGAAGUGAGCUACCCACAUGGCAGGGCAGACCUCUCCUGACUGCCUGCUGCUCCCCUCAGCAGCAUAUUUCAGUCAGUCUGCCUGUUCUGCUCCCCACUCUCUCUCUGGUGAGUCCUCUCACCACCCCCACCUCUGGCCUGUACCCCAGUUCUUGUAUGCAUAAAUAAAUAAAUCUUCAAACAAAAAG